GCUAGCCUCGGGUCAUCCUCGGCACCGCUCGGUGGGCAGCGCCCGCGUCCCGCUUCCCCCACCUCACCGGCGGCAUGAAACAAAUCGCCCGUCCAGCCGAGAUCUGAGAAAAUAGAGGAUGUGCUUCAGCACGAACUAGUUUUGCAAAACACGAAACACAACCAGUUUCGUACCAUUUCUCCUCUAAUCGUUUGAGAAAGCUGACACCCAAGGAGCCGGAGAUUCCAGCAUUGAUUCUUGAAGCUGAAGGCGUGAAUGAUCUUCGGAGUAAUCAACCUAAGGCUGAUCGCAGCAAGGCGACCGCGGUACACAGAUGCCAAGGGAGCAGGCUGCCCCGUUGUGCAACUCAGGGGUCCCCACAGGCGCAGGAUGCUGCCUGAUGCGAAUCCCGUUACCGUUCUCGUCGCCGAUGCCCCACGGAUCCUCCCCGAGUUAGCACCUGCGCACCGGCACGCAGACGAGGAGGGCAAUCUCUCCCCACUUUGCCUGGCUCCGCUCCGCUUUCGCCUUAGAGUUUGAAUCGCUUUCAAGCACCAGCAGCCGGGGAAGAGGCGGGGGGGGGGGGACGGGACGGGGGGACGACACCUCUCGCCUACCCCUUCCAUAUUUAACCAUUACCUAAAUCCGAAGGGAAAUGAGCAAACCUCUAGGCUUGGGUCUUAAGGUAUUUUCAGCGCCGUUGGGCGUAUUUAUCCCAGAAGAGUUUUCCACAACAAGCUAUUUCUAGUCUAGGAGAGGUCUCUGUCGCCCAGGGCCCGGCCUUAGCCCCGAUCACAACGCUAUGCACGGCCCGAUGGCGGCGGGAGGUGUGCUCCCCCACUGCCGGGCCGAGGGCUGGGGAUGCGGCGCGGAGCGGGAAGGGCGAGCGCCGGCUGCCCCAGCCCCUGCCCUCUGCCCGCCCGAAUCAAUCUGUGUUUUGAAUCUGUGACUUGUUCUCGUUGCGGAAGUCGAAGGGGAUCCAAGAAUAGUUCAGAUACAUGUGUGUAAUUUCUAGAGCAGAACCCCGAGAGAAACGAAACGCCCGAUUCCAAAAUGACAGUUCGAUGGCACUUCAGCGAGCUCUGUGAGGUGGAAUACGAAGCUCCUAACUAACGCUCAGGAAGUGGAAUUUGUGGUUUAGGGGGCCGAGCUCUGAAGGAGUUGAGAGAGACAGAAAAGUUAAAAAAAAAAAACCAACUCAAGCACCAUUGCUCCUUAAAGGGAGGCUAAAUUUAAAGUCACACUAAUUAGCAGGCUGCCGCGCAUACCCCGUCCGCAGCCCAGCUUUCUUCGGCCCUCCAAAUGGGUCGCCUCCCCGCCGCCGCCCCGCAGGAGAUUCGGGGGGUGACGCUCGCCGCUGCCGUGCCCGGCGCUUAGAGAGGGAGUGCGGCCGUACCGGCCGUGCCAGCAUCCCACCAUGCCGAGGUCCUUCCUAGUGAAGAGCAAGAAAGCGCACAGCUACCACCAGCCUCGCUCCGCCGACGAGGACUACAGCCUGCGGCUGGAGACGGUGCUAGCCCAGAUCUGUGCAGACCCUUGCAAGAUCCCCGAGGACACGGAGCUGUGCCGCACCGCUCUGCCCGAUCCGGAGCCUUCCCGGGGGCGCUUUUCCCCGGAAUCCCACCUUACCGAGGCUGCCGAUGGCACCUCCGAGUCAGCUCCCAGCUGCGAGGGCAGCGUCUGUGACAGAGUGUCCGAGUUCGAGGAUUUCUGGAGACCUCCCUCGCCCUCCGUCUCGCCAGCCUCGGAGAGAUCUGUGUGUCCAUCCCUAGAUGAAGCACCCCCUUUCUCGGUGCCCUUCAAACCGUACAUGUGGAACAGCCUGGGUGGCUCCGAGCUCAGGCACCUCGUGCAAAGCUACAGGCCCUGCCCGACGCUGGAGCGGACCUCAGCCCUGGGGCUCUUCUGCGACCGAGGCUCGGAGCCCGCCCUCUAUGGCGCCGAGUGUAGCUCUUCCCUGGGACUGUACGGUGACUUCAGCUCCCCGGGCUCGGGGCUGUUUGAGCGGCCGCCAGCAGCAGCUCCUGGACUCUAUGCCGAAACACAGCCUGGACUGCAGCAGGAGAAGGGGCCAGGUGGCAUCAAAGUGGAGUCUGACCUCUUGUGCCGCCCACUGCUCAUCAGCACUGGCUCUUACAAGUGUGUCAAGUGCAGCAAGGUCUUCUCCACACCACAUGGCCUUGAGGUACAUGUGCGCCGCUCACACAGCGGCACGAGGCCCUUUGCCUGUGACAUGUGUGGCAAGACCUUCGGCCAUGCAGUCAGCCUGGAGCAGCACAAGGCCGUGCACUCACAGGAACGCAGCUUUGAUUGUAAGAUUUGUGGCAAGAGUUUUAAGAGAUCUUCUACUCUGUCCACCCAUCUGCUCAUCCACUCAGACACCCGACCCUAUCCGUGCCAGUACUGUGGGAAGCGGUUCCACCAGAAAUCUGAUAUGAAGAAACACACCUUCAUUCACACAGGUGAGAAGCCUCAUAAGUGCCAGGUGUGUGGAAAAGCCUUUAGUCAAAGCUCCAACCUCAUCACCCACAGUCGGAAGCACACAGGCUUCAAGCCCUUUGGCUGUGAUCUGUGUGGCAAAGGCUUCCAACGAAAGGUGGAUUUACGGAGACACCGGGAGACACAGCACGGCCUGAAAUGAGUCCAAACUACAAUACAGAAAGCGCCUACAACACUAUGAGAACAGACCCCCUUGGCUUCCCUGCUGGACCCAAGCCCUGUCUUGGACACAGACCCUGGCAUUACCUUUCCGAACAGGAGCUCAAAGAGGAAAGAAGAGGACAGAGCCAUGUGUUGACAGCUCAACCUGAAUGACUGUGAAGAGGGAAAGUAAAGGCUGGGGUUACUUUCUUUCUCUUCCCCUCGUUGUUUCUGAAAUAACACUGAAACACAAGCCUUUUAGAUAUAAAGCCUAAUACUCCAAAGAUGGAUAAGCUAUCAAAUAUCUGCAAGCUGGAAAAUAUUUUCUCCCAUGGCCGUGAUGAACCCCUUCAAGUUUUCAGUAGCUUGAAUCAGCUGGCAGGAAAACAUGGGUAUAACAGUGUUUACAUGGGGUAAUGACAGAGAGCCAUCAGCACCUGCCCCAGUUGAGUUCAGUGCUGAAUGGGUUCACUCUUGGAUGACUUCCUGUCAGGAAAACCUGGAGGAUCAGGACUGUGCAGUUUGCCAUCUUGCUGGUUUUUAACCAAAGGUACCAGCUUGGGUCUGAUCCUGCUCUCACUUAUUCUGGUGCAAAUCAGGAGCUGCAUUAACAGUUACAGAGAGGUCCUUUUUAUCCUCCCUGAGCCAUCUCUCUCUGUGCAAGGCCCGACUGCCAGUGUGUUUGAAGCAUGGAGGGUGACUUCUUCCUACAUCCACUAGGGAGAAGGAAGCUUGUGAAAGACCAGCAAAAAAGCCAAAGCACAGAAUUAUGCCUUAGAACUAGAAACCAAUCCAACAAGUGAAGCUGCCUGAGGAGGGCAGGAGCACCAGGGAAGCACAGACUUUCUGGCAAGAACCAUUACUGGCUUCUACACUCUGGGCUUGUUCUAAUAACUGGAAAAUAGCUACUCAAUAGCAUCAGUUGUAUAUUUGUUUUUGGUUUUUUAAUUUUUAAAGGGAAACUUUCUGAGGUGGGCAGGACUUACUAUAAAAGUAUAAUUUACUUAAUUUGCCUUAACUCUGCAUGUACCUCAGUUUAAAAAAGAAAGCUGUUUUUACUUUGUUGACAAGUUUGUAAAUGUCCUUACAUAGAUUUUAUGGAGUGUCUUACAUUUCUUGGUACAUAUUUAUUAGAACAAUGUUUUAAGUUAAUAAAGUAUCAAGGAUGGUCCAGAGUGAUUUUUA